AUGGUUCUCUGUAUGUUGCUAGGUUACGGUCAUAUUGCUCCAAAGACGUUCGAAGGUCAUCUGGUGACCAUAUUCUACGCCAUGAUAGGCAUUCCAAUGACGCUUUUGUGUCUGUCCAACAUGGGCGAAAUCCUCAGCGACUGCUUCCGGCUUCUUUACAAGCAUUUGUGUCAGCUGUUAACCUGGAUGUGUUGUCCACCUGAGGACAGUUUCACAAAGCGGCGUAGCAGUGAAGCAAAAAGUGAAAUUAAUAUCGUUAUUGAAGACUACGACAGAGAACAGGAAACGGAAACGAUUAAAACUGAACAGAUUCGCGCACCGAUUUUUGUAAGUUUGCUUAUAAUAGCUAUUUACAUUUUUAGCGGGGCAAUUAUGUUUUCCCUGUGGGAAAACUGGGACUAUUUGGAGGGUUCCUAUUUCUGUUUCAUAACCCUGAGUACGAUUGGCUUCGGAGACUACGUGCCAGGUUCGAUAAGCCGAACGGACAGCGCGGACAGUAGGAACAAGCUGAUCAUGUGCUGUGUGUAUCUGUUGUUUGGCCUGUCUGUCAUUGCAAUGUGCUUCAACCUUAUGCAAGAGGACGUUCGUGCAAAGUUUCGCUGGUUAGGCGUGAAAAUCGGUCUGCUAGACCACGUAUAAAAAGGUGUUGCUCUAAAAACGACUAAGA